AUGAGUUGCGGAUACGAUCUAGAAUCAGAUACUUUGUACACAGUGAAAUGGUACUACAAACGUUUUGAAUUUUUUCGAUACAUUCCUAAAGAAAUGCCACCUACAAGUGCUUUUGGAGAAUUGGGUAACAAAGUUCUCUUAAAUCAAAGUGAUGCUCAUCGCGUAGUUUUAAGGGACUUGCAACCAAGCCAUACUGGAAAAUAUCGCUGUGAAGUUUCUGGCGAUUCUCCAUCGUUUACUACUAUAACGGUUGCCGCUUAUUUAUAUGUUGCUAAUCUACCAAAAGGGGAUCCUCAAAUUAGAGCCGAAAAGAUACGCUACGCGGUAGGAGAUACGGUGCGUGCAAAUUGCACCGUUCCUUCGGGAAAUCCUCCGGCGAAUGUGACAUGGACUGUGAAUGGAGUACAGGUAAAUUCCAGCUUCAUGAUGAACAUUACGGACAAGUUUGGUGACAAUCAGCAAUUGAUGACUAUCGCAGGAUUGGACUUCGAGACUAUACAAGAUAGCUUUAACAACGGAAGAUUACAUAUUGUUUGCAAUGCUAACGUCUUUCAUUUGUAUAAAAAACAAGCCGAUGUUAUUUUGAUCGAGGAACGGCCACGUCUGGCAUCUGGCAUGCAUCAACGCAGUUCACGCAAACUUCAUUUGCAAAAUGGUUUAUUGCCUCAACUGCUCUGUUACUACGCCACUUCAGAUAACAACGAUGAACCUGUUAUUCACCCAAUAUGCAUAUGA